AUGUUCACUUUGAUAUUCCUCUUCUUGUACCUGAAUGUUUCUCUUCCAGUGUACAGUUUCAUUCAUCCUGGGUGCUACUGGAGAAUAAAGGAGUAUGGACACAAGAAUAGAGACUUGGAUACAGGUUGUUUAUUCUCCCUUUCAACUGUGCCAAAGGGGAAAGAGUAUUACAAAUACCUUUUGAAUAUACAAAAAUCUUCUGAACACUAUAAAUAUGCACUGGUCUUAGCUUUCUCCAUGGAUGAAGUCAACCAGAACCCUGAUCUUUUACCAAAUAAGUCUUUAAUAUUUGACUUCCAAUUACAUGAUUGUAUGACUGAGAAAAAAUUAUACAAUGUCAUUCAACUUUGGGAAAAAUAUUAUGAUGAUAUUGCCCCUAAUUAUAUCUGUUAUGAAGGAACCACAUGUGGAGUGCUGCUUUCAGGACCGUACUGGUCAACCUCUUCCAUAAUUAGUAAAUUCAUGGACAUCUACUUUUAUCAACAGGUAGUCAUCAUUACAUAUGGACAGUUCCAUCCAAUUCUGAAUGAUCAUGAACAAUUUCCCAAUGUGUAUCAGAUGGCCCCUAAGGACACAUCUCUAGCCGUGGCCAUGGUCUCCCUCAUACUUCACUUCAGCUGGAACUGGAUUGGACUGGCUAUGUCAGACAAUGAUCAGAGUAUACAAUUUCUCUCAUAUUUGAGAAGAGAGAUGGAAACAAAUGCUGUCUGCUUUGCCUUUGUGAACAUGAUCCCAGUCAACAUGCAUUUAUACAUGUCAAGAGCUGAAAUGUAUUAUAACCAAAUCAUGACAUCAUCCACAAGUGUUGUUAUCAUUUUUGGGGACACGGACAGUACUCUGGUUUUGAGUGUUAUAAUGUGGGAAUCUCGAGGUAUACACAAAAUAUGGGUCACUACCUCACAGUGGGAUGUCACUACAAGUAAGAAAGACUUCACACUUGACAAAGCUCAUGGAACUCUCACUUUUGCACAAUACCAUGGUGAGAUUUCUGGUUUGAAAAAUUUUCUUCAGACAUUGGACCCUGACAAAUACUCACAUGAAGUCCUGGCAAGGCUGGAGUGGAUGAACAUUAACUGUGAAGUCGCAGCUUCUAAGUGUAAGACAUUGAGGAACUGCUCAAACAAUGCCCCAUUAGAGUGGUUAAUGGAGGAGAGUUUUGACAUGGUCUUCAGUGAGGGAAGUUAUGACAUAUACAAUGCUGUGUAUACUGUGGCCCACGCCUUCCAUGAGAUGUUUCUUCAGUCAGUGGACAAUGUUAAGGGACCCGGUUCUAACUGCUUGAAAAUGAUUCCUGUCUUUCAAAUGCACUUGUUUCCUAGGAAAAGCCACUUAACUAACAAUGCUGGGAAGAGGGUGAAUAUGAACCAGAAAGAAAGUCAGCAGCCAGAGUAUGACAUUUUCCAGAUUUGGAAUUUCCCAAAUGGUCUUGGAUUUAAGGUGAAGAUAGGAAGCUUUUCCCCAUAUUUUCCAUAUGGUCAACAGCUCUAUUUAUAUGACGACAUGAUAGAGUGGGCUACAGGAAGUAGACAGAUGCCGCCCUCUGUAUGCAGUGCUGAUUGUGGUCCUGGAUUCAGAAAAUUGUGGCAGGAGGGAAUGUCAGCCUGCUGUUUUGAUUGCAGUCAAUGCCUGGAAAAUGAAGUUUCUAAUGAGACAAAUGUGGAUCAGUGCGUGAAGUGUCCAGAGGACAUGUAUGCUAAUGCAGACCACAGCCAGUGUUUUCAGAAAUCUGUGACAUUUCUGAGCUAUGAAGACCCUUUAGGGAUGGUUCUGGCUUUAAUAUCCUUGUGCUUCUCCGCAUUCACAUCUGUAAUUCUUGGGGUCUUUGUGAAACACCGUGACACUCCCAUUGUGAAGGCCAAUAACAGAAAUCUUAGCUACACCUUGCUCAUCUCACUCAUCUUUUGUUUUCUGUGUCCCUUGCUCUUUAUGGGUCAUCCCAAUGUAGCUACAUGCAUCCUGCAGCAAAUGAUUUUUGGAGUUUUAUUCACUGUGGCUGUUUCCACUGUGUUGGCCAAAACAGUUACUGUGCUUCUGGCUUUCAAAGUCACAGCCCCUGGAAGAAGAAUGAGGUACUUCCUGAUUUCAGGAACACCUAAGUACAUCGUUGUCAUCUGUACCCUCUUCCAAAUAUUCCUCUGUUUGAUCUGGCUGGGAUUUUCUCCUCCCUCUAUUGACAUUGAUGUACAUUCUGAACAUGGCCAGGUUAUCAUUAUGUGUGACAAGGGCUCAGUUACUGCAUUCUAUUGUGUCUUGGUAUACCAUGGCAUACUUGCCUUCGGAACAUUCAUUUUGGCUUUCUUGUCCAGGAAUCUCCCUGACACAUUUAAUGAGGCCAAGUUUCUGACCUUCAGCAUGCUCUUGUUCUGCAGUGUCUGGGUCACCUUUCUCCCUGUCUACCACAGCACCAAGGGCAAGGUCAUGGUGGCUGUGGAGGUCUUCUCCAUCUUGGCCUCCAGUACAGGCUUGCUGGGAUGCAUCUUUGUCCCCAAGUGCUACAUAAUUUUGAUAAGACCAGAGAGAAAUUCACUUCAAAAGUUAAAGGAGAAAGCACCUUUCUGA